CGGUGGCGGGAGUCCGCCGCUGCCGCCCGUGCAGGAGGGCGACUGCGAGCCCGGCACAGGCAGCAGCAACCCCGCCGUCUCCGCUCAUCGUUGCCGCCGCCGCUGGCAGGCAGGGAGGGAGACAGGUCAUCGCGCACCCCAGCACGUAGAGCAAUGCAACCGGCUCGCCAAUGACCGGCCUUGCCUGCCGCUUUGGACUGAACGACGGGGCGGGCUCCGCUUUGAAGAUGUGGCGGCGGUUGUGAAGGGGACAACUGGGGUGGGUGGGUGCCCAGGGAUAGGGAUCUCUCAGUGCAGUCUCCCUCUCUUUGUGUGUGUUUGUGUCUCCGACACCCUCCCAGCCCUCACUGGCAGCGCAGAGGGAGAUGGGCUCUCGGCGGCGGCUGCUACCGCACUGAAAGGAUGUGGCGCUUCCCACUCAAGAAGAUCCGCAAACAGUUCAAACUGCUUCUGCUGCUCGUCCUACUCACAUUCGGCAUCUGGUUCACAUACCUGCACAUCGCGGUGCUCAAGAGUGGCAGAGCACUAAAACUGCACCUAGCCUACGGACGCGAUGCAGAGAAGCUGAAUGAAGCCACUGACACUGGCAGGAGAGCUGGCUCUAUCCACGCUGCUUCCAACAAAAGGAAGAUUGACGAAUCCAGUGACAGUCAGGAAGAUGAACAGACGCUGGACACACCGAGCAAAAAUGGUAGAUCUUCCCAAGUUGAGCUUCACGGUUAUCCAAGAGGAUCCAGGCAGGCUUUGAACUUGACGCAAGUGUGUUUGCCAUGGAAACCAGAGUACAGAGGCAAAGUAAAUCUUCAUGUUUUCGAGGAUUGGUGUGGCUCUUCAGUUUAUCAGCUUCGGAAGAACAUUCAUUUUCCACUGUAUCCUCAUACACGUACCUCAGUGAAUAAGAUUGCUGUUUCUCCAAAGUGGAAGAACUAUGGUCUUCGGAUAUUCGGUUACAUCCACCCCUACAAAGAUGGUGAUUUCCAGUUUGCAAUUGCAUCUGAUGAUAAUUCCGAGUUUUGGCUCAGCUCUGACGAAAGUCCUGCGAAUGCCAGAUUGCUGAUACAUGUAGGCAAGUUGGGUACAGAGUGGGCUGCACCAGGCGAGUUUACUAAAUUCAGAUCUCAAGUUUCCAAUCCAGUCCAUGUUAUUUCUGCACGAAGAUACUAUUUUGAGGUGCUUCACAAACAGGAUGAUAAAGGAUCUGAUCACGUGGAAGUCGGGUGGCGACCGUUUCUUCCUGGAUUGAAGUUUGAAAUAAUCGAUUCAGUGCACAUCUCCCUGUACACAGAGGAAACAUCAUUGAAGAUGAACAGUGUCGAUCACAUUCCACAAACCCUUGCAAGUCACGGAGAAGGUCGAAAGAUGCUGCACAGGGAGCUGCAUGCAGCAGACAUGCUGAAGCCUGAUCCCAGGGACACUUUCUUCCUGACUCCACCAAUAGAUCCAUCACGGGUGCAUGUUCUCCCAACCUGCCUGUACUUACCAACCUACAUCGUGAAGGACUUUCCAAUCGCCCGUUACCAAGGACUCCAGUUUGUCUAUCUGUCUUUUGUCUACCCGAAUGACUUCACCCGGCUCACUCAUAUGGAAACAGAAAACAAAUGCUUCUACCGAGAGAGUCCUUUGUAUUUGGAGAAGUUUGGAUUCUACAAGUAUAUGAAGAUGGAUGAAGAUGAGAACAAACCUUUCUUGUUUGAUAACCCAGAGGAUUUCCCAGAAGAAUCGGAAGGAGUCGAUACAGAAUCCUUACUGGACAACAGCAAGGUUACGUGGAAAAAGGACAAUGUGAAAGAAAGGGUAAAUAGCAGCCAUUUUCACAAUCAGCUGGCUGCAAGGGAUAGCCAUGAGAGAGAGGCCAAGAACAAGGAGUUCCACAUGAUCAAGCCACAGCAAAAGGCCUUGCAUCCAAUUCCUCAGGAAAAUAAUGUGUCCCCAUCAGCUGUUGCCUACAACGGUCAGGAAAUGGGCCUCUUCCAAAAACCAAAAAAUAGACAAAGUAGGUCACUAACCUGGGCUAAAUUAAACCCAGAAGAGUCAAAUAAAAAGACAGUUAGUCAGUCAGCUGCGGCCAAACUCAGUAAGGGUGGCUUGUUUGGCUUGCAGCCAGAAAGUUCCUUUCCGCUCAUCCCCAGUAAAACCAAACAGUUUUUAAGUAACUCUGCGCACAUGGGGAUCCAUAAAAAGAGACUUAGCGAGCCCAAGAAGUUACACAAUAAAAUCUAUGUGACCAGACCCCAGAAGAAAAAGAAAAAGACCUCACUUGCAGAAAAGGCCAAGGAAUUGUUUCCUGGAGUAUACCUUCACAGCAGAGGCAAAAAUAGUGAAUUGCAAGGCCUGGCUCCUAAGAAGAAAGAGAGGAACCUGACUUCCAUUACAAGGGAGAAAAGGACAACACUGUACCUCACAAACAGAAUUAUUUGGCUACCGAACACAACAUCUCAGGAGCAAGAGGUGUGGGAAGCUAAAAAUGAUUCCUUUCAGGUGACUACGAUAGAAAGGAUGAAGAGGAACUGGAAGGCACUGCAGAGAAAACUGGAACAGAAUAGGGAGGACAAGAACAGGCACAACAUCACAGCCACACCUCGCCCUCACUUUAUGCGUGAGGAGGUUGUGAGCAAGGAAGAUGUUGCCCUCCACAAAAAAACGAAUCAGCCUAAACCCACGGCCGUGGCUCCUGAGGAUUUUGGUGAAGGGCCAACCUACUGGAAGAUUGGUGAUUUGAGUGAAUCCCAGCAACUUUACGGCGACCAGUUUGAGGUGACUGAUGACGGGCUGACGGCUUACAGUUAUGAGGAGACUGAGCUGCAGCAAGAUUGGAUGGAGGAAUCUAUCAACUGGCAGCGGACGUUCAGCGUCAGCUCCAUGGACUUUGAGCUCCUGCGGUCGGACUGGAAUGACCUGAGGUGCAAUGUCUCUGGCAACCUGCAAAUGAGUGAGAGUGAGGUGGUGGAUGUUUUAGCACAGUACAUGGAGAAGCUGAAUGAAAAAAAUGGAGGGAUUUACACCCUUCUGCGGAUCAUUAACGUGGAAAAGCGGAGGGAUUCGGCUCGUGGUAACAGGUACCUCGUUGAACUUGAGCUGAUGGAGAAGGGAAAGAAAGUGGUCCGUUUGACAGAGUACAUCUACCUCUUGCUACACAGAAGCAAACAAGAUGAUGGGAUUGAAGAAACAACUGAAAUGCAAGAUAAGGAGCCCACUCAACAGAAUGCUCCAUAUUCCAAACCUCUUCUAUGCCAACCACUUGGGUUGCAUAUGAGGUCUAACAUUAUGGUGCACUUUAUAGUUCCAGUAAAGAAUCAGGCCCGUUGGGUGCAGCAGUUCAUUACAGAUAUGGAAGAUCUCUACAAGACAACAAUGGAUGAAUACUUCAACGUUAUCAUCAUUGACUUUGACAGCAGUGACAUGGAUGUGGGGGAGGCCUUGAAGAGCAGCAAACUUCCUCGGUAUCAAUAUUUGAAACGCACAGGGAGCUUUGAGCGUUCAGCUGGGCUUCAGGCUGGGGCAGAUGCAAUAGAGGACAGUCAUUCGAUUCUUUUCCUCUGCGAUCUUCACAUCCACUUCCCCAUCAGUAUCAUAGACAACAUUAGAAAGCACAGCAUAGAAGGGAAACUAGCCUAUGCCCCGAUUGUGAUGCGAUUAGGCUGUGGUAGCUCUCCUAAUGAACCUGAUGGAUACUGGGAAGUGAAUGGAUUUGGUUUGUUUGGAAUCUUUAAAAGCGAUUUUGACAAGAUUGGAGGAAUGAACACAGAGGAAUUCCGGGAUCGUUGGGGUGGAGAGGAUUGGGAACUUCUGGACAGGGUUCUUCAGAGUGGCCUUGAGGUAGAACGAUUGCGCCUCAGGAACUUCUAUCAUUAUUUUCACUCCAAGCGAGGAAUGUGGGUUUCUCAGGCCAAGAAAACAACUAAUGAACCAAAUGAAGGUUGAAAUUUUCACUAUGCACUUUAAAAACAAGAUCAACAUGAGGGCGCAUGCUCCAUAGGCAAUCCAGCCGCUUACCAAGCCAUGUGUGGGAAGAUCUCGUUUGACGAAGUAUUUGUUUAAUUUAGUCACAUUUUUCUCUAAAUCUUGUUUUAUUUCGCUCUCAUCAGCGUUUCCAAAAGUCUUGUUUUACUGCACAACAGAACAGAACACAACUACUACAGAAACAGGAAGAAGGGUCAAGGACACCAAGACUGAAUAUUGGAAUCUUUUUGCAAUGAAGACAUUCUGAUCUUGGUUAUCAUCUUGGACUUUUUGACAUCCUUCCUUGCCACAAGGACCAGCUCUGUGACCCUGUUGAUUGUUGGUGUUCUUUCACUACAUGUUUUGUACAUUCUAUGUUUAUCAGUAAUUACAGCAAGACUUCCACCUGCCCACCUUCCCUCCCCCCCACCCCUCUCCCCAGAAUCCUAUCAUUGCAUCCAGUCUUUUGGAUUACAAUUAUACAUAGUUAGUGAUCUCUGAGCAUUUGGUGAUCAUCUCUAGCCUAAGAAAACUAACAGAAAAUACACACACAUUUGCAGUUCUUGGACCCAACUUGCAGGAAAAGUUUACCCAAGGAACACUGACAAAAACGGUCUAGGUAUUCUGCAGCCAAUGCCAAUGCAUUGUCUGCAUGAAUGCUUUACUUUAAAGGAACUGUGUGAACUCAGUAAAAGCUGGCCGCUUCGGGUUCAGCCAAGCGAAGCCUUAUUCCGAGAAAAUAUUCUGGCCUGAAGCGUGAUCACCGUUUGAUUAUUACAAAAGUACAGGCUAGAAACAGCACACUGUAUAUUCAGUCCCCAGCACGACGCAGAUAAUCGCCACUGAAACUGGGUUUUAACCCAUUGACUGGUUAAUCUGCCGUGACGUAUUUUUCCCCAGAUACAGGAUCAGUUCUAUGAGGCUUUUUUUUUUAAACGGUACAGUGGCCUCUUCAGUGACAUGUCAUCCUAUUUUACAAUGAUCACGAUUUACAAAAAGCAAUUUUGUCUUUCCCUCAGUAUUACUGUCAUCUUACCUGUACUGAGAAUAGGCCAGGUUGAGUUUCUCAGAACUAAUUAGGAAAUUGAAUUUUAAUUCAUAGUUUAAAACCAAACCAUUGAAGAAAAAUCGGUAAUGUUACACUCGUUGUCUUGAGAAGUGGUGACAAAUUUUAGGAUGUUUUUAGAAUGAUGUAGUCUGAAUUUAUGACAUGGAAAUUGAGUUUUAAUCUAAACAACUAGGUAGGAAUGUUGCUGUUUGAUAUUAUCAGGAGAUUUUAUUGUUUACAAAACAUACUCCAGGAAAGAGAAUUUGCUUUUUUAUGAAGUAUUCUAGAUGAAGAAUCUUUUUUUUAAUGUUAUUUAUUCAGGUGAUAGUACUCUGAAAUAAUAUAAUGUCCAAAAUGAUCUGUCCUGUCACAGGAGAAUCAGCAGUGAUAAAGUAAAACUGAAUUGUAGAAUAACUGUGUUGAAACUGAGAAAUUCCUUUCAUUUUAGUCUUUGCUUUACAUUGGCUGGCAGGAGCGCAAGAAUUACUAUUAGGUUUCCCCACUGGCUUGGUUGAUGAGCACCAAACAGGCCACAAUGAUCCUAAUUUCUAAUUACAUUUAGGUGCCAGUAGGGUACUUGAAAAAGCUUUGGUUAGGUGACCUGUGUACAUGGAUCUAGUUUGGAAUAAAAUUGAAAAGAAAACAUUCCUUUUUUCAAUA